AUGGAUCAAGGCGAGCGCCCCAAGUUCCGCAACGUCGAGCCCCGCUCGCGCCAGGAGCGCCUGGCGAACAACGACAAAGAGAUGCUCGAGAAGCUCAGGCUCGAACACAGAAGGGGAGGCGCGUACAGAUACGACAACCCGGGGAACAUCAUCCAGCCCCCCGAGGACUCCGCCGCGUUCAUCUCGGAAGGGGAACGCUUCGGCACGAACGCCGCGCAGGAGGAAUACGAGAAUCGAAGGCGCAGGAUCCUCGAACGCGAGGAGUACUUCGAGCGUAAGCGCGAGGCUAACCACCAGCGCGAGACCGCGCGCUGGCACAAGGUUGACCUGGAGGGCCAGUGGGAAGAUGAGCACCUCGCCGAGCUCAAGGAGGGCCCGGUGCCCACGAGGAACAAGAGCAGCGUCCGGUACAACUUCAUCACGCUCCAGUACGAGGACUCGUACGAGGGCGAGGCGCUCAAGUACCAGGACGACAUCGUCAAGCGCAACGCCGCGCUGAGGGCGGGCAAGAUCAACCACAUGCGCAUGGCGGAGACGAGAACCGACUACGACGUAAUCACCGGGUUACCAAAACCCAAGGUGCGGGUGCCCGUGCCCGAGCUGGGACCGGAGCCCGUGGCGCCGGAGAAGGUGGAGCGCGAGAAGCCCGAGGCGUACAGGGUGGACAUGCAGUACGGCGUGGGCGACGCGGCGGUGAGGGAGACGCACGAGAAGGAGGAUUGGAAGUUUGGCGGGCGCGGCGGCAACACCUGGGGGCGGUGA